AUGGCCAGAGGAGUAUUCACGCAGACGCCUAUAGGUGAAGGACCAUUCGUGGAGUAUCUGGUGGAGGAUGGGACGACACCGCUGAUCUUGGCCGCAGCGAAUGACCACCUCGAGUGUGUGAGGGAACUGAUCGGUGAAGGAGCAGACCCCAACGAAAGGAGAGCCACCGGGACCACAGCUCUGUUCUUUGCAGCCCAGGGAGGUUUCCUAGAAAUUGUCAAAGAGCUGUUAGAGGAGGGAGCACAAAAUGAUUUACCAAGCCAGGAUGGUGGAACACCAUUGUUUGUUGCAUGUCAGUGCAAUCAUCUCGACGUCGUGAAGGAGUUGGUAACGAGAGGAGCCAACAUCCACAGAACGAUGACGGACGGUGCUACACCUCUUUUCAUCGCAGCUCAGAACGGUCAUUAUAACAUGCUCAAGUACUUAAUAGCACAGGGAGCUAAGGUCGACCAGACGAGAAAGGACAAAGCCUCACCGUUGUGGAUAGCAGCUCAGAUGGGGCACAGUGAGAUCAUCCGGGAACUUCUUCUGUCCGGAGCCAAGGUGGAUGAGGCUAGGGAGGAUGGGGCGACCCCGCUCUUCAAGGCAGCCCAUAAGGGCUACACAGACUGCGUGAGCGACCUCAUAAUGAAGGGCGCCUCCCUCGGGAUACUGCAGAACGGCGAGACGGUUCUUCAUGCAGCGGCUUUGUUCGGUCAUCUCAAAGUGGUCAAACAACUGAUUGAAUCCGGGUCAGAUGUCACGCUCAAAAACAAGGAUAACGUCACUGCAGCUGAGAUGGCCAAGGACGCAGGCUUCGACGUCAUCGCGGAGUUCCUCACACAGACUGCAGCUGCGAAAUCGUAAACUUGCAACAGAACUGUGAAAGAAUUGGAAUAGAACUGCAAAAGAACUGCGUAAGUACUGUAAAAGUACUGUAAAAGAACUGCCAAAGAACUGUAAAAGAACUGCAAAAAAAACUGUGAAAGAACUGCAAAAGAAACCGUUAUAAACAUAGCACCAACCUUGCAAACGCUUUGCAACAUUUUUGGACAUGAGACUGCUGUCUAGGUGCUGCUGUUGUCGGAGGCUAGCGAGCAGGAAAUGGGCAACCUGUACCAAAAAUAACCGCAAAGAUCCAGUCAUGGCUUGUGAGCAGUUGCUGAUAAUAAUGUUGAUGCAGCAAUGACUUGCUAAAUGACUUUUUGUCAUUAGAACAUUGUUGAAGCUCUUCGUUUUAACGAAAAUAUCCAUCGUCCAUAUUUGGUUGGAACAAGUGGAAUGCCAUUUGUAAGAGCUAUUCGAAGAUUCGUCAGUAUUAACGUUUGCUAAACACAAGGCAAUACAAGUAGCUAGGAGUUGGUGCAUCGUUAAUGCAAUUUCGUUACGUGGUAUAUCACAAUCCCACAUGGUAUAAAAGUUCGCAUUGUUUGGAAAAUUAUUCAGAAGUUUUGCAAAUUAAAAUCUUUUGAUUUUGUCUUCUAAAUCAAGCGGCAACAACAGUAAGUUAUUGUGACAUAUUUCAUGACAAUGUUGGUCUUUCCGGGGGAAUUCCUCUCCUUUUCCCAUCAUACUAUUUGUCUCUUGCUCUUCCUGUUUUCAUUUCUGUUCAUGUUUCAUCGUCUUUCUUUAGUCAUCAUCUCCUCCUAAUUGGUUAAAUGAUACUUUCUGUAGAGGUUAGUCUUCUAAAGAGUUCAUAUUGAUCGGAAUCGUAUUUAGACAUCCAGUUAGUCGCAAAGUGUAGGCACAUAUAGUUGCGAUUGAUAUCAAACUCAAGUUGAGUUACGAUCAAUUUAGAUAAAUCAAACGUUCUCUAUUAAAGACGGGAUAUUCUUCUUAUUUCUUUGUCGUCUGACUCUAUGUCGCUCUUCUUUUUUUAAAUCUUUCCUCACCCUUGUAAUCUCUA